UGUAUUUUUCCUUUCUUUUGCAGUUGAAAGAUGCGAGUACCACAACUUUUUUCCAUCAAAAAAGGAAAUCAUUUAUGACGAGGCCAUUGAUAGGCAAAUUCUCGAUUACAUGCGAACAGGAUGUGCUUUCAGCAUUAUAACGAUAAUUCUUAUGUUUUUGGUGCACUUGUUUGCUGUGUACACUAUCCGCAGACCAAGAUACACCAUCAAGAGGCUAACAGCCCUACUUUACAUUAUGACUGCGGCUUGCAUAGUAGUUAUGAACGAGGUGUUUAUCAGAACCACCGAAUAUGGCGAGGAAAAUCUGCCAGCACGAAUGCCGAAAGGAGCACAAUAUGAGUAUGGCUAUUCGUUUGUGCUAUCUUGGAUUGUUUUUGUCUUCUACAUUGCCGCAGGUAUUGUGUUCUUGUUCGUUUCACACAAGAGAAAACCGAAAUUCGGAGAUGCGGAUGAUGUUCUUGCUGAGGAGGACGAACCGAUGCAAAUUAGGCGGUAAAGUGAGCAAAAGAUGUGCAGAAAGAAACUUAAACAAGGAGACAUCGCAAUAAGAGAAAGUGAAGAGAUUUGUUGUGACUUAUCCGAGGCACAAGUCCUAAAUAUACAACUAAUUUUUUAUUCUGUUUGUGCUAAAUGUAUGAAGUAAUUUAUACCCUUUGUCAGCCACCAUGUUUUGCUGUUCAUUACAUCUUUUUGAUUAUUCGACUAGGUUUUAGAAAUAACGAUUGCUUAGUAAACAAUCUCAAAUGUCCCGGACUUUGUUUUAUACGAAUUGCACAAAGCUUUAUAUAUUUAGACCACUUGCUGUCAGAUAAAUUGAUGAAUAAAGCAAACAAGCAUUCCACUUGAUCUGUUGGAUACGUCUAUAGGACACGCCUAUAUGUCUAUAGGACACGCCUAUAGGUCUAUAGGACACGCCUAUAGAACACGCCUUAUCUACCGAGGGUGUAAAAUAGAUCAGCUGAUCCGAUGGUAAAAUUGUCCAACAUGGCAUGAUUAUCCAGCGCCAUUAUCAAACUUUACAUACGGAUUCCUUUUAUACUUUUUACCAUUCUUGUGUUAAAAAGAGAGAGAGAGAGAUUUUCUUCUAUGAACUGGAAAUGUAUGCAAAUCAUUAUUUCUCAUUAUACUCAUAUUAAUCUGCACCCUUGCGUCAGACAUACAUUGUAAGUGAGUACUUCAGUAAAUAGUUUUUUAUAAUAUUAAAUGAUGGAGGAUCUAAUGUUAUGCAUUAUUCAUAAGGGUUACACAUCUGAUAUGUUCCUAACGAGUUUGCUAAUGUCCUAGUCGUUAGAACAGUGUUACCGUCACACAUUACAUAUUGGCGGUCAUAUAAUUUCAAGGAAUGUCAGUUUAUACAAAAAAGCUUUAACUUUUAAUAUAGAUUUUCAAUAUUGAUAUUUCAAAGAUAACGCACUGCAAUGUUUUGUUUAAUGUGUCACGAAAAUUGACUUUAAAAAUGGCAAAAUCCAGAAGUGUCAUCACGUAAGCGAAGUAUCAUCUUUCAUGUUGUGAAUCAUGAUUUAAAUAUUAAUUUUGUUGUCAAUGGUUUCACGUUUUUUAUAGACUUUGAAACAUGACAAAUGUGUCCGUUUUGACUUCCAUUAGGUGAUCGUUGUUUUAAUUUUUUUACAAUUUUGGUGUCAGUCAAUCACAGUAUCCUGUUGUUGUUUUUUAAAUUGUUAAUUUUCAACUUUCAUGUGAACAUCUUUGUCUCGAUGUAUAUUUUAGGCAGAAAUUAUCUCAUGUCAUAAACGAUUGUAUGAGUAUUAUGUUUGAUUGUUUAUUCACGUUACGCUAGAAUAUUUUAUAACGUAAACAAAUAUAAAUUGAUCCAAUUUUACGAAUAAUUCUGUUAAAAAGUAGCUAAUUUUAUACUUUGACGAAAUUUUAAAUUUUUAGAAUGGACUUAAAGAGUUAUCUUUACAUAAUACACUCAUUCGAAAGUCGUUUGU